AUGGGGAGGCUAGUGUUUUCCGAAUGUGUUUAUUCCUUUCAAAAUUUUAUAACCAUUUCUUUCUCUUUUCUUUCUUCAUUUAUUUUCUUUUUUUUUAUUCUUUCUUUCUCCUCUAUUCAUCUUUCCUUUCUCUUUGGUUUUCUUCCUUACUUUCUUCUUACUGGAUUUAUCUUUUACCUUUCUUUCUCCUCUAUUCACCUUUUCGUUUUCUAUUUCAACUUUUUUUUCUCUUUUUAUUAUUUCUAUUUAUUUUUCUCUUUUUGUUUCUUCCUUUGUUUUUUAUAUUCUCUCUUUUUUUUUUUUUUUUUUUUUUUUUUACUCUCUUUACCAUUUUCUGCUUUUUUUUUCUCAUUUUUCACUUUUUCUUUCUUUUAUUUCGUCCUUUCUCUAUCUUUUUCUUUUAUAUCCUGUCCUUCUAUUUCUUUCAAACUUUUGCAAUUUUUGCCUUUUCUGCCUUUUUAUUUUAUUGUGGGUGGAGGAUGGGAUCUUUUUAUUUCAUCUUUUUUCUCCUUUGUUUCUCUUUUUUGUUGUUUCUUUUUUUUGCUUUUCUAUACGUUUCUUCUUUCUUUCCUUUCUUUUUCUUCUUUGAUUCAUUUCAUCUUUUUCCUUUUUCUUAUUUGA